UACAUUGAAGCGCUAUCCUUUACAGCAGCUCCCGCUAACGUGCGCGUAAAAUGUAACAGAUUAAAAAACACAUAUUAAACUGACUGUACGUUGAUGUGUAAAAAGUUUUUAUUGUCAAAAUAUUUGGUGGUAUUCAUAUAAGGUAUUGCAGUUUAAUGAAGUGAAAAUGGAUUUGGACGACGAGGACUUGCAAUCGUUGAAUGAAACCAAUGACACGCAGUCCGGUUUCGCUGAACCCGAAUCGUUGGAUGUGAUAGUUCCUUUGAGCGUGAUAUAUGCCAUUAUAUUUGUAACUGGAAUCUUAGGAAACAUAAGCACAUGUGUUGUCAUCGGUCGUAACAGAUCUAUGCACACAGCUACAAACUUUUACCUAUUUAGCUUAGCGAUAUCCGAUCUUCUCCUGCUUAUUUGCGGACUACCGUUGGAAGUGCACAGACUGUGGAACCCACUGUCUUAUCCACUAGGAGAAGCGUUAUGUAUCACAGUCGGUUUGAUAUCAGAAACAUCAGCCAACGCCACUGUGUUGACAAUAACAGCGUUCACUGUGGAAAGAUAUAUCGCCAUAUGCCGUCCAUUCAUGUCGCACAAGAUGUCCAAGUUGUCUAGAGCAGUGAGAUACAUUAUAGCUAUAUGGAUUUGUGCUUUGUGUUCCGCGGUACCUCAAGCUAUGCAGUUCGGUGUCGUCUCCUAUAAAGAGAACGGUCAGAAUAUAAGUGCAUGUACAGUAAAAGGUCACGGUGUGCACCAAGUCUUUGUUAUAUCCAGUUUUGUGUUUUUCGUUGCUCCCAUGUCUUUGAUAACUGUGUUAUAUGCGUUGAUUGGUCUCAAGUUACACACGUCACGGGUUUUGCAUCCAGUCAAGAAGUCAUCGGUUGAAAGCGGUGACCGUCCUAAUGGUACUCCUCGAUACAGAAACGGCGCCUCCCAAAGAAGAGUCAUUAGGAUGUUAGUCGCAGUGGCGUUGUCGUUUUUCCUCUGUUGGGCGCCAUUUCACGUUCAGAGGCUGAUAGCGAUAUAUGGCAAGAAUAUGGAACAUCCAACAGACACAUUCUAUAAGGUGUACAUAGUCCUGACGUACGUGUCUGGUGUGCUUUACUUCCUAUCCACUUCAAUUAAUCCGUUCCUGUACAACAUCAUGUCGAACAAAUUUAGAAAUGCCUUCAAGAUGACGUUGUCUAUGUGGUGUAGUCGCCGUGACAGUACCAGGUUGGAGAGGACUUACAGUGCUCUGUUGGCCCAGAGACAACGUGCUGCUCCAAGAGCUGUCCAGCGACCACGUUUACUGAGACGUCUCUCCACUGCCUCAUCACAACUGUGCGUUGCGCCGCCCCGAGCGCAGUCUAUCAACAGAAGAAAUCUCUCCGUCGUAGAUGAGGAAAUAGAAUCCCAUUGGCUCUGGAAGCAGCGGGUGACAGAUGGCUCGGAUUCUUUCACGUCGCCGAGAAGCAUUUCCAACUCCAGUCUUCACGAGCUAGACCCUGAGCUCAGCGGAGAAGAGCUUGCGACUUACCUGUACCAAGUGAAUUGUAAUAUUGGAGGGAAAACCUGAGAUACGUCUGUUUAGGGUUCACGCGACCCUAAACGUAAGGUAACAGACCACUGGCAAAUGUAAAAAAGUGCAUUCAUAUUCCGUGGACGAACGUAUAAUGAUAUAAAAUUCUUAAUUUAACUUUUCAAAAGAACUGGGAAGUUUGUAUAAGUUUGUUAGACUUCGUAUUAUUUGUUUUGUAGACAGCAGAAAGUUUUCAACAUUUAUGUUAAGCGAAUGACUGUUGUGUCGGAUUGAUUUAUACGAAGGUAAUAUUUGUUGCGCCCAGAAAAGUUUUUAAAAGGAAGUGUAAGCGAAUUCGGUCUCUUGAACUGACUGGACGGGUUAUAAACAACUUACAGUAAAUAUUUUCGUUAUCCUUUUAAAAUUUGAUAUACGAAACAGCUGGACUCGUUUAAUGUGAUGAAUUUGUAUAUUUGUACUGUUAUGUAAAUAAAAUAUGUGUUUUUAUUCAUUGUUGUAAACCUGUAAGUAUGUAUAUAAGGUAUAGGUAAAUAGCUGCGAUAUAUAACUCUUACACUUACGUUAGAAAAGAUUAGCACAUUGAGUGGUUUGAGAGUAACUAAACCGAGUUUUUUAUUAUGAUCCGGUACGGGUUUAGUUCAACAUGAACGUUAUUAAUUAACGUGUUUGAUAAUAUUUACGUAUAAUCAUUGUAAAAAAUAACUGUUUCUAUGUUUAACCAAUUCCAAAGCGGUCCGAAUUUAGAUGGUCGAUCGAAUUAUUAAGACAAAAUAAUAUAAGGAUACGAUGUUAGACAAAGUUGGGUUGAGUUAGAAGCCUUAAGGGGUGAAAUUAAUUUAUUUAAAUCAGACUAAAAAUAAUUAAGUACAUAAAUAAUUGGUAAAACUUACGUUAUAUAUAUUUGUGAAGAAGAAGGAAAAAUAUUAUUUUAAAAUUGUAUAAAAUUCUGAGAAUGAAAUUUUAUAAAUCAAGUAAAUGUACUUUCUAUUCCUAUUUUCUGGAAAGUGGCAGUCUCAGAAAUGCACAAGUCCUAUUCUUUAGUUCGUGUUGCGUGUUAUAUUGAGUUUGAAAUUGGUUUAUCAAUUUUUAUUAUGUACGGUUUCACUGCAAACUUUUUUAUGCUUCUAUUCAUUAUUUUCCUUACAGUCAUUCUAAUACCAUUGUAAAAUAUAAGUGAAUGGGUAACUUAUUGAGUUUUUUUGCUGUAGAGUUUCGAUGUCAAAAUAUAUAUGAACAAUAGAUAGCAAUACUUGUAUUAAUAUGUGUAUAUAAUAUGGUGUUUUGUAAUAAAAUAACCUUGUAAAAUCUUUAAGGGAAGUCAUGAUCGGUAUUUGUUUGGAUCUGUGAGAUUAUUAUGAGAACUUCUUAGAGAAUAAUUCUUCAUGUAACAAAGGCUGUAAUAUGAGACCAUAGAAUAAUCAGAUAUCUGUUAUUAUUCCUGCUGAAAAUUUUAUUCAUAAUGUGGAAACAUUUAUGAGAUUUCUUUAUGUACGUAGUUCAUUGAAAUGAUUUGGUAUAUUUUAAAAUAUAUAAAAAACUGGUAUAAGAAAUAAAAUCAAAAUCAUGUUUUAUAUUGUCUCGACGUUAAAAUUUUCUUUGAUAUAGUUUUUGCAUAUUUUAUUAUUUUUAUGUCACAAAUUACGAUUUGGGUAUGAAAAUGUUCUCUUUCAAGUGAUUCCCUAAAAUAUUGAGAACUUUUCAUUGGUCGCUUUUUUGGUCGGUGUGACAAUAAGUUAUGUCCAUAGAUAAAAAAAAUUGUUUAAUUUUUUUUUUAAAUAAAUCACAGACUUGGAGAAUAAAACGUUUAAGCUUUAAUAACGCGACUGAGAAAUAAAAUGUGAAAGGGAGAUAAUUGUUGUUUGAAUUUAGAUAUAAUGAUUUUUUUUUCUAUAAAAUAUAUAUUAUUGAGCAAAUUUUUUUAUAUUUGUUCUGAUUCAUGCAGCAAUCAUCUUAUUUCUUGUCAAUACUCGCUAUAUAAUAGCUCUUAUAUAUUCUGUGCUUGAAAAGGUUUAUUUGACUGAUGUGUUCAAAGGCUGUUUAGGUGUUAUUAAUUUAUAUCCUCUUAAUGUAUAUUGUACAUAUUAUAUGAUUAUUAUUAAGGCUUUAGUCAAAAAUAAUGUAUUAUACUAAAAUACUUCUUCGUCGUAUAGAAGUAAACAAAAAGAGGUCUAUGUACGUUUACGCUAUUAUGUGAUGGUUAAAUAAACUUGAUGGUUGAAAUUC